CUGCAGCUGUAGACAAAAAAAUUACCUCUUGAAGAUGCAUUAACAAUACUUUAAGAAUCCCAACUACUCCAAAGAAAUUGAAGAAUUAGAGUGUCUAUAGCAAAUUGUACCCAACUUAACUAGUCAAUAGACUCGAUGAAGAUCACGGUCAUGGUUUAUGCAAGCAUUGAACAUGUGAUUAACUUGUUUGCUUAAGCAAUAAAUUUGUGACUAAUUUCCUUGGACACGCCAAAUAAUGUGUUCUACUUCACAAAUUACUACCAAAUCACUGAAGUUACGAGGAAAUUGUGAAUUUGAGCUGUUAUUUUGAUCCUUGUCGCAUUAACUACAGUAGAGAACGGGAAAAAGGCAAUGGAGUCGUUGGACUUGGUGGAGGGGCAAUACAGCAACAGUACAAGGGAAACAAACAUAAACUUGAUCAUUACUGAUUACUGCAUGCCAGGGAUGACAGGAUACGAUCUACUAAAAAGAGUGAAGGGAUCCUCUAAUCUGAAAGAGAUUCCUGUUGUCAUCGUAUCAUCGGAGAAUGUCCCCACCCGAAUCAAGAAGUACUUACUCAAGCUGUGCUUGGAAGAAGGUGCGCAAGAAUUUAUGCUAAAGCCUGUCAAACAAUCAGCUAUUAAGAGAUUGAGAUGUCAUAUGAGCUAAGUAACCGAACCAUGCAGUGGACGGCUAUGCUUCGGGAGGAAAAACAAUAGUGCAUCCAGUGGCAGGAAGAUCCAGAAAGAAACGCGAGAAAAGCUAAAGGAAAAAAAAGGAGCAGAAAUUUUGACUAUGCCACUGUUGAUUAUUGACUAACGAUUCAAGGGAAAGUGAAAGCAAGGACAACAUCAUCGCUCUUUCAUCUAAUUUUUUUAUUAGCUAUUGUGAAUCAAUCCCAUAACUCCAUCUUACUUUUCGCAAUAAAUUUUUUCUGUUAAAAAGCA